CCGCCGCUGCUGCCGUUGUCAACUGGGCCAUUGCUUGCAGGAGCCCUGGCAGCAGGCGAUCGAGCGGUGAGGAGCCUAGGGCGCGGCCUCGCCUCCCCGGCCCGGCUCCCGCAGCAGCACCGUGGACAGCACAGACACCCUCUCCGGGACCCUGCUGCCCGCAAGAGCACGCCUCGGGCGUCGGAGAUCUCAUCAGCACCGAGGACAGCACCCAGGCCCUUGCUGGCCUCGGCCAGCCCACCCGCUCUCCGAGUCAGCACCGCGGACAGCCCCUCGGGACCAGACCUCGAGUCACCUAGGAGUGGUCAGCACCCUCUGAAGAUGGCCACUGAGGUCCACAAUCUCCAGGAGCUCCGGCGAAGCGCAUCGCUGGCCACGAAGGUUUUUAUCCAGAGAGACUACAGCGACGGUACCACCUGUCAGUUCCAGACCAAGUUCCCCCCAGAGCUGGAUAGCCGGAUCGAGCGGCAGCUCUUUGAAGAGACCGUGAAGACCCUCAAUGGUUUUUAUGCGGAGGCUGAGAAGAUUGGGGGCAGCUCCUACCUGGAGGGCUGCCUGGCCUGCGCCACAGCCUACUUCAUCUUCCUCUGCAUGGAGACGCACUAUGAGAAGGUUCUCAAGAAGAUCUCCCGUUACAUCCAGGAGCAGAAUGAGAAGGUCUUUGCGCCUCGAGGCCUCCUGCUCACGGAUCCCGUGGAACGUGGGAUGAGGGUUAUCGAGAUCUCCAUCUACGAGGACCGGUGCAGCAGCGGCAGCUCCAGUAGCGGCAGUAGCAGUGGCAGCGGCAGCAGCAGCGCUGGCGGUGGCGGGGCGGGGGCUCGGUGACUGGCCGAGAGUCCCCGCAGGGAGGUGUAUGGCCGGAGCGAGGGGCUGGCAGAUCUGCGGAGGCUGCGUUACCAGAGUACCCGCUUCUGAGUCUUUCUCUGGAACCACCCUGCCGUGUGGAGCCGGAGGGAGGGUGAUUACCCGGUGUCCCGUGUUCCCAGUCCUUUGCCCGUUGGCAGGAUCUUCCCCUUUCUGACCCUGGACUUGACUUUCUCCCAUGGGGAUGGUCCAGGUCAUCAGAGCCAGGUUUUCCUUGGGAAGUCUGAGGGCGGGGGAGAGGGGAAGCCAGCUUGGAUGAACCCUCUCUUCCUUGCCUUCUAACCCCACUCUAAGGAGGACCCGGAGAAUCCCCCCCCCCCCGCAUGAUCCUUCACCCUCAAAGCCCCUGUCUACCUGGAUUCUGCUCCCGGGGCUCUAAGGCCCAAUGCCACCAUGGGGCUUGUCAAUGAUCCCACCUCCUCUUUGGAGAUCUGGGGAGAUGGGUGCCCUGGGAGCUAUCCAGCUUCUCUUAAGGUGGAGGCUUUCCUGUCCUUCACUCAGAGCAGAAAGUCCUCUCAGCCUUGCCAAGAAGCACCCAACUCUGAGACUUUGCACCCCACCAGGAGCUGGUUAUGGGUGUUCUGCCUGGGACUCUGAGGGAGGGGGGUUUCCACUGGGGUAUGGUAAAACCCUGUGGAUGAACGCAGCUGGACAGCACCUGAACUCCCGAACUGGAGCCAAUUUGUGUAUUACGUGUAUACUGUGUGCUCAAAUGUAUGUGAGUUUAUGGGUGGGAAAGCAUGUGCGUGUGUGAGUAUACAGGUGUAUGAAUGCGGGUGUAUGUGUGUGACUGCACAAGUGUGAGUGGGUGUGUGCACAUGUGUGCACGAACCUAUGCUUGUAUGAGAAUAAAUGCAUGUGUGUGAGUAUGAAUAUCUAAGUGUGCACAUGUGUGUGAGAGAGAGAAAGCAUGUGUGUAGAGAGAGACUACUCUGUGUGUUCUCUUUGGCUGAUGGGCUAAUGAUUACCAUGGCCUGCUCUGUCCUGUCACACAAUGGUCUGCAGCAGGAGGUGGGUCCCUCCUGGUCUUCUACAAGUCGGUGUCCUAAAGCUGGGCUGCUGCUGGACUGUUGCUCCUGGCCUUUCUCCUAUCUCUGGCUCUAUUAUGCAUAUUCUGAUGGAGAAGAGCUGGGAUCCUAGGGGAAGCAGAGCCAAGGUUUGGGUGGUUUUUGGUGCCCUUCUUCUGGCCCCUGUGACAUAGUGGGGCCACAGAUGCUGCAAAUUCAGCCUGCCUAAGUGUCAGAGCCCUGAAGUCCUGCAGGUGAGGCUCCCUGGACAUUCAAGGCAGUGUGCCUUGCAAGGGAAGAAGGGCUGGCCAGCCAAUGGUGCUGUGGCUCUCAGGGGGAGCCAGUGGGGGGCAUCCUGGGGCCUGAAUAGGGACAGGAAACAGGGUGCCUACCUCAGCAGACAGGAGGUGCUAGAACUGGACAGGAGACACCAGCCACUAUAGUAGCUUUCUGGAGCAGAGAGGGCCUUGUUCUCUGCUGGCCACAGCAGCAGCGUGUGAUGUCAGGAGACGACGCAGAGAGAUGGAGAGGGCUGGCCAAGCCCCUGAAGCCUCAGGGAGCCUGAGCCUGCAAGCCCUGGUGCAAUGAACCCCUUCUUCCCAUGCUUCAGCCCCUCCCCCUGCCCAAUUCCUGGCAGAAGCCUGUGCCCUCCCUAACCUGCUGUAUGACUUUGGGACACUGACAUUGGGAAGGUUGAGAAGAGGCAAAAUGAAGACCUUUCGUUUUAUUCUUUUUCCA